AUGUCGAUUGAGGAAGGAGAAGAUGGGUCAGUACCCAUCGCUCUUGAAAAGACUGGAGUUGUCCCAGGAAAGGAGUCGCCUGCUGCCAUGUUCAGGGUCCAUGGGCGCAAGGGGUUGGGCACCCGUGUUAGUGGGGUGAAGGUGCUGCCCAGUGCAGCGACCAAAAGGUGGAGUAAGAGAGACGCCUCUACUAUGCAUAGCACUCAAGAUAGGCGGGCAAGCUUGCCUGGGCGCGCAGACAGCACUCGAGCUAAGCAGGAUCGCGCGUGCAGCACAAGCGUGCGCAGUGAGCAGAAGAGGCAGGCUGCUGGGUUGUGCGGUCACUUAGGCACUAUACGUCGGUGCUGUUGCAAGUUGGGAGGCUGUGGCUGA